AUGUCACAACAUCAAAAUACUUCUGCUUCAAAAACUGCUAAGUCUACUCAAAAGGUUAGCGCUCCUUCCAUGGACAUUCCAGAUGAUGACAUUCUGGAUGUGGUUCCUCUAACAGUUAUUCCCUGUGAGGCCCUUGAUUUGAACCAUCCCAUGGAUGCCUCAGCUUCUGCAUGCCCCAAUCUAGGUAACAUCUAUAGUAUCCCUUCUGGCUCAACUUCUGCCACUAAUUCUAAGGAAGAUAUACACUACACUGAUCGUGUUAUAAGAAACCUAGUCACUAGAAUCCUUAAUGAAGGACAUUCUGUGAAGGGAGUCUCUACUCCCCUGUCUAAAAUGUACCCAUCUCCUGAGGUUGAACAACAUAGUGAGAAGGAUGACGAUUCCUCCAGUUCUGAGAAGGACAUGGCUGCUGAAGGGUUGUGCUCUCUAGGGCAAACUGUGUCUGAUAAAGGAAAAGCUGUGGCAUCUAAAACUGCCAAUGCUUCCCACUCUGAGAAGCAUGAUGAGGCAAACAAUGUGAUUGACCUAGAGGAUGAUAGGUCUGAUGAUCAAAAGGAUAGUUUACUUCAUCACUUAAAGCCAAGUGUGGCUAAACGCAUGAAGACUCGAAAAGGAAGAUCUGUGAUUGAACUUAUGUCAACUAGAAAAACUAAGAAGACUCUGAGUCUGGAGAGGAGGAAGGUUAGAGAAGAUUCUGAGUCUGAAGAGGAUGUUGAGGAAGAUGUCCUUGACAUCUCUCAUGUGAAGAAAACCACUGUGAGGAAGUCUCCUGUUAAAGUUGUUGCUGUGCAUUUGGAUAACAUCUCUUUCCAUCUUGAGGAUGGAGCUGCCAAGUGGAAAUUUAUGAUUCAAAGAAGGGUGGCUGUGGAAAGGGAGUUGGGAAAAGAUGCUGCUGAAGUCAAGGAGGUCAUGGACCUGAUAAAGGUUGCUGGGUUGUUGAAGACUGUGGCUGGUGAAUUGGAAGCUACAGACAAUGAGGUCCGUAGAGAGAUUACAGCUAGGCAAGUGAAAGGUUGGCCUAUUAGAAAGCAUAUUCCUGCUGGGAAGUUGACUGUCAAGUAUGCUAUAUUGCAUAAAAUAGGAGCUGCAAAUUGGGUGCCUACCAACCAUAUUUCCACCGUUGCUAAUACCCUUGGAAGCUUGCUUACAGUUGAUUAUGUUCUUGGUUUUGUAACCCUUUAA